AAUUUUCCCAUUUUUAUGAAACUUUCCCAUUUUUUUUUAAAUUUUCACAUUUUUAUGAAAUUUUCACAUUUUUCUGAAAUUUUCACAUUUUUCUCGAAAUUUUCACAUUUUUCUGAAAUUUUCACAUUUUUAUCGAAAUUUUCACAUUUUUCUGAAAUUUUCACAUUUUUCUGA